UCCAACAGCACUUUGCCUCCUUACACUCCUUACACAGGAGCCAUCCAACUGCUGCUGGCCUGAUCUUUUUCCUCCAAAGCAGCCGCUUUAUACCAGUACUCUUUGUGAAAAGGCACUAACCUGGACUUGUGUAUAGAUGGCUGCUGUGUGCUGGAUGGUUGUGGCGCUGGCCUUCUUCCUGUCUGCAGGGACCGGUGUGGAUGCCGUGGACCAGAACCAGCUUCAGACGAUUGUAGCUGACAUGUUGGGAAGGUACAGAAUAGGUGGCCAAUUCAGUCUGGCUGUAAACAUCCCACUGAACAAUACUCAGGACCUUCAAACUGCCCUUGGGCAAGUCUUUGAUGCUGACCCUGGGGCCAACGUGUCAAGGACAGUUUCAGGUGGUCGAGUGUACACCGGUACCUGGGUGGUAGCCGCCGGAGCAGACAAAAUAAACAACCGUCAUGCAGAGCUGCGUGUUCUGGACAGUUUCCGAAGCUUGCUCAAUAAACCAGAACGUAAACUUCUGCUCUUUUACUCUUACCUCUCCCCAUGUGAUCAGAAAUGUACAAACGAACGGCAUCGUGAUACAAUCAUUUCAAGGAUUAACAUCAUUCAGAAUUGGCAUGAUUAUGCCUUUGUGUUUUCCAAAAUAUUCAAGCCCAAAGGUUCUAAUCCCAUUAGCGAGGAAAACCUGAAGGCAUCCCUUGAACGACUCGGGAAAUCCAAAAACACUGGGGGGUCAGAAAUUGGCCUUGCCAAUAUAUUCCGUUGUGAUAGAAAAUAUAAUGUGAUGACGUGUAACAGCUGCUCCACCCGUGGACAAGUGACUCGCCAGUGUAUUGCAGACACUUCACGACCGGGUCCCAGUGGUGUUUUUAUUGGUGGUCCUCGUCGGGGCAGCGGGCAAGGGGGGGCUCAGAGUCAGAAUCAGAGGCAGGGGCUCAGUACCAGCCUAGGGCAGAGGCACAGGCUCAGUACCAGCCUAGGGCAGACGCAGGGACAGGGGCAGGGUCUCAGUACCAGCCUAGGGCAGACACAGGGUCUCAGUACCAGCCUAGGGCAGAGGCAUGGGCUCAGUACCAGCCUAGGGCAGAGGCAUGGGCUCAGUACCAGCCUAGGGCAGAGGCAGGGGCAGGGACUCAGUACCAGCCUAGGGCAGACGCGGGGUCUCAGUACCAGCCUAGGGCAGAGGCACAGGCUCAGUACCAGCCUAGGGCAGAGGCACAGGCUCAGUACCAGCCUAGGGCAGAGGCACAGGCUCAGUACCAGCCUAGGCCAGAGGCAGGGGCGAGGCAGCGGGGGCACCUCGGGCCAGGGUUCGGCAGCUCCGCCCGGAGACGGCAAAGAAGAGGCGUGCCGAAGUCGAGUCACGAUCCUCGGGUCCGCGGGCCACGCCAUUCGGCGCCGGAAGGAGCAGUGUGGUCGGCCCAGGCCGCGGCGGGAAAGUCGGGACAUCGAGAGGAAAGUCGAGAGGAACAGCAAAGGCCGGCGCUCGUGA